AUGACAUCUUUUUCGGCCUUGCUUCUCCUUGGAGCUGGUUUCGCAGCUCUGGGUUUACUAUUAAGAUGCAUCUAUCUUUUGUACAUCCAUCCACUAGCUAAAUACCCAGGCCCUGCACUUGCUGGCGUCUCCUAUCUAUGGUAUGCCAGUAAGUGGCUCAAGGGGAGAUACCCUUGGGCUGUAGAAGAGCUUUUCAACAAGUACGAGUCCGAGAUUGUUCGCGUUGGGCCAAAUGAGCUUGCAUUCAGAUCACCAGAAGCCCAGCACGACAUAUACAUGGCAACAGUUCGUAACCGCGAGACAUUCUUAAAGACGGAUAUUCAAGAUCUGGGAGGCGGUGAGCCUGGCAUCACUGCCGAGCGAGACCCGGAAAAGCACCGCGUGCUUGCCAAGCAGCUCACCCCCGCCUUCUCCCCUCGGGCAAUGUACGCCCAAGAGACCCAUGUCCAUCGAUAUGUAGACCUUCUUGUCGAGCAGUUGGCCAAGCAUGGGGGCACCAGCGCCGACGGCGUCAACAUGACCGAGUGGUUUGACUGGCUCGUAUGUGAUAUUGCCGGUUACAUGGCUUGGAGUCACGAGUUUGAAAAUUUAAAAUACGCCACACCCUGCUUUUACUUCCGAGAGUCGAUCAAAGUUGGUCUCUUUGGUACGGUUCGGCAAGUGCUGAAGAAGUUCCCGCUUCUCUACCCCCUGUCGCCUUUCUUCGUGCCUAAGUCUGUGUCCAAAACCAUUCCAACCUGGGUCAGAUUGAACGCAGAUAUCGUUUCGCAGCGUCUUCUAAAGCGUCAGGAGCUUCAAGGGAACGAUUACUUCUCGUGGCUUCUUCGCAAUGACGAGAAGUUACAGUCAACAGAGUGGUUGGUCGCGCAGUCCAACGUCUUAGUCGGAGCGGGCUUCGACCCCCUAACCAACGUUCUUACAUCGGCGCUCUUCUAUCUAUGCAAGACACCUCGUGCACUUGACCGACUCUCUCAGGAGAUCAGAGGGGAGUUUAGCAGCUAUUCCGACAUCAAGGCCGAGAAGCUACAAACCAAAAGAUAUCUCCAGGGUGUCAUCGACGAAGCUAUGCGAAUCCACACACCUGCCGCAUUUGGCCUUCCAAGACACAGCCCUGGAGCGCUUGUGGACGGCGAAUACAUUCCAAAGGGCGUUAUCGUGCAAAACGCCCAAUUUGCGGCUACGCACAGCCCCAAGUAUUUCCUCAAUCCUAGAGAGUUCUGGCCGGAGCGUUUCCUGCCCGAAGGCCAUGAGUGGUAUGACAAGAGAUUCAGCCUUCACGACAACUCCAAAGUCUUCAAACCAUUCUCGCAAGGACCCAGAGCUUGUCCCGGCCGAGAAAUCGGUAUGAUGCAAGCCCGCGUCACUUUGGCGAAACUGGUUUGGACGUAUGACAUGGAGCUGCUCAAUCCCGAAACUGAUUGGGAUAGGGAUAUCAAACUGUUUUUUAUCUAUGACAGACCAAGAGUACAGGUCAGGUUUCAUAGGCGCUCGCAAUUGUAG